AACUCCUUUAGUCAGUGCUUUGGAGGCUACCAAGCAAACUUAAAGUUAGACGAACGACUCGACGACGCGCCGUGACGGGACGACGAAGUACAUCGCGAUACGCGAAGUGUGUGCUGUGUAGUGACGAAGUGUUGGGUGAAUACACCCCUUAAUACCUUGCAAGGAGCAGGGUUAAUGUCAAUGAUAUCUGGAUAACAAAAAGAAGAUAGCAUGGGAGUGGCGGAGGAUUUCGCUCCCAGCUUCACCCAGAAGCCGCAACUCAGGCAGGAAGAUGACGGGAAUAAACUCGUCUUUGAAUGCCAGUUGCUUUCUGCCCCAAAACCCGAAAUUCAAUGGUUCCGAAGCGACACACUUCUGUCGGAAGACAGUCGAACCAAUUUUAAAAUACAAUCCAUAGGAACGAAUAAAUUUCUAGUAGUGCUAGAAUUAGACGAUGUUAUCGAAACAGAUGCAGGACUUUAUAAAGUUAAAGCGAAAAACACCAUGGGAGAAGUGGCUGCUUCCAUCAAUCUUAAUUUCAGCCCUAUGGACGAGCCGAAAGAAAAACAAAUUGAUGGUCUUGCACCAACUUUCGCAAAGAAACCAGCUAUUCGACAGGAGGAAGAUGGUAAAAAACUACUUUUCGAAUGUCGAAUUCAAGCUGAUCCCCGUCCAGUCGUCAAUUGGUUCCAUAAUAACAACCCUGUCAAAGAAUCUCCCCGUCAUAAGUUGAGGAUAGACAAAGAUGGACACUCAUACUUUGCAACCCUUGAAAUAAUAAAUGUCACGGUUGAGGAUGCUGGCAAAUACAAGGUUACUGCAAAGAAUGAAUUGGGAGAAAGUAACGCGACGAUUAGCCUCAACUUUGACAGCGAUGAAGCUCCGGUGCCUCAGCAGGAGGGCAUCAAGCCAACCUUCACGGAGCGACCUGUUAUCCGGCAGACAGACGACGGUGCUGCCAUCAUGUUCGAAUGCCGGUGCGUCGGAGUCCCAAAGCCUGAAGUGCAAUGGUACCAUGGCAAAGAAGAAAUUGGAGAAAAUAGCCGGUAUGCUAUCACCAUGGACUUGGACCAGAAACUUUACUAUUUAGCCAGACUGGAAAUUACCAGUGUUAGGAAGACUGACUCGGGCGAGUACCGCGCCGUUGCAAGGAAUAGUUACGGUACAGCGGUGGCGACAAUCAACCUCAAUUUCGAGAGCAAUGAGAAACCUAAAAUUCCCGACGGUAAGGCGCCCCGCUUCCCUAAGAAACCGACAAUUCGACAAGAGGGCGACGUUCUUAUUAUGGAGUGCCUUCUGGAGGCAAAUCCAGACCCGGAUAUCACUUGGUUUCAAAGCGAAAAAAGCAUUGCGGAUAGUCCUCGUGUUCGCAUGCUUAGGAAAACCACGACUAAAGACACAUAUCUUCUAACUUUAGAAAUAGCGAAUCCGACCCGCUUAGACGGCGGCAAUUAUCGAUGUAACGCAUUCAAUCUAUUCGGCGAAUGCAACGCCAAUAUCGCGCUUAAUUUCCAAGGUGGAGACGAUGCUGCGGGUUUUGCCCCCUCUUUCAUCGAGAAACCCAAAAUAAUCCCCAAUGAGAGCGGGACUCUCAUCACUAUGAAAUGCAAAUGCAAAGCAAAACCCAAGCCCGAGGUUACUUGGUUUCGUGGAACCACCGUCGUUAAGGAAUCGUCUAAGACAACGAUUCGAGUCGUAGACGUAGAAGAAGAGAUAUUCGAAUUGAUUCUAGAAAUUAAGGAUCCUUCCGCUCCCGAUGGUGGCACCUACAGAUGCCACGUCAAAAACGAAUUUGGCGAAAGUAAUGCCAAUUUAAAUCUGAACAUUGAAGCUGAGCCGGAGCCGGAAGGCGAUGGCCCGACUUUUGUCGAAAAGCCCAGGAUUACAUCCCACCAGGGCGGCAAACUGGUUAUCAUGGAAUGUAAGGUCCGAUCAAACCCGAAACCCACCAUUGUUUGGUAUCGGGAAGGUAAACAGGUAACCGAAUCGAGCAAAAUUAAAAUAAGCUUCGAAAAGGUGGAAGAAGAUGUUUACUACAUCAAACUGGAGCUAAAUGAUCCAGGAUUGGAGGAUUCAGGCUUAUACAAAUGCAACAUUAAGAACACCUUAGGGGAGCUUAAUGCUAAUUUGACUCUGAAUAUUGAAAUCAUCCCAGUCAUUAAGGAGAAACCAAAGGUCAUUAAGAUCAUUAAAAAGAAAACUGUCAUUGUGGAAUGUAAAGUUCUCAGUAAAUUCGCUCCUGACUGCACAUGGUUUAAAGAGGAGAAUGCCGUUAGGGAAGACUCUAGGCAUCAAGUGCAAGUUGAGCAAGUCAAAGACGGCGAAUUCGCGGUCAAACUGGAAAUAUCAGACGUCCAGAAAGUAGACAAAGGUCUAUACAAACUGGUAGCUAAAAACGAAAAGGGUGAAGCCACCUCACAAACUGUUGAGGUAACCGAAUUGCCUCCUGACGAAAAACCAAAAGGAGAAAAGCCUAAGCUCACCAAGCUAACCAACAUCACCCUAGAAGAAGGCAAGUCUGCCGACUUUAUUUCUUCGUUGAAAGUCAGCGACAAGACAGUCACUAUCAUUUGGUACAAGGAAACUACUGUCAUCCGCGAGUCGACCGACACGAAAAUCACAUUUGAUGGCACGGUAACCCGCUUGAGCAUCACCAAGUGUAAAACCACUCAUUCUGGCACUUACAAAGUGGUUGCCAAAAAUGAAUUUGGAGAGGAUGAAGCCACCGCUGUUUUAACCGUGAAAAAGAAGAAAGACGAAGACGAGGAGGGUGAGACCAGUGAAGAAGAGGAAGAAAUAAAAGUUCAGCCCAAAAAAGUUGAAUCUGAACCAGAGGAAGAAUCAGAGGAGGAGGAGGAGGAGGAAGCGGUUGUUGAAAAAAAAGUAGAAAAGAAAGAAGAGAAGAAAGUUGAAAAGAAGGAAGAGAAAAAAGUAGAAAAGAAGGAGGAAAAAAAGGUCGAGAAAAAAACAGAGGAAAAGAAGGUCGAGAAAAAGGCAGAGGAAAGGAAGGUAGAGAAAAAGGCGGAAGAAAGGAAAGAGGAAACCAAAGUGGUUCAGAAGAAGGAGGAAGAAAAGAAAGUGAACGAUAUCGGCAAGAAGGAAGUAAAAAAAGUGGAGGAAACUAAGGCCGAAGAAAAGAAGGGACUAAGGCGCACUUCUGUGCAAAAGGUCGAACAAAAAAGCGAGUCUCGUAGAAGCUCAAUAGUUCCGAUGACAGAAGAAAUUGUUAGGGAUGGUGAGAAAAAAUCUUCCAGCCGUAGAUCGUCAACUGUUACGAGAGAGGAAGAAAUUAAAAACGAAUCGCAACGCACGUCUUUGACGGAAGACAAGAAAAAGAAGCUCACUUUAGGAACAAAGAAAUUGGAAUCCACUCCGGAGGCGAAAACACCAACCACACCCACAAAUAACGUAGACGACACGUUCACAAAAAAGACCGAAACGGUAGCGAAAAAACCGACACCAGAAAAAGUUAAAUCGCCACCACCUAAAGAACCGGAAAAGGUGAAAUCUCCACCACCCAAAGCCGAAUCGGCGGCGAAAGUUAAAUCGCCACCACCAAGCGAACCAGCAAAACCGAGCGCCAAACCUUCUGAGCCACCUAAACCAGAAAUCAAAGAACCAGUUGAGACACCUAAAACUAAACCUACACCCGAAAAGAAAUCUGAACCACCGAAAAUUGCUGAGCCGGUGCCCGAUUUAAGCAAAACACGCGGUAGUCUCAAAAAGGCUGAGACCAAAACUGAGCCCGCGCCAAAGACCGAGAAACCCAAACGAACAAUUCCUCCCAAAGCCGAAAUUCAAAAAGGUAGCUUCAUGAACAUUCAGUUAAAACCAGUAGAAAAAAAAGAAGCUAAGUCUGCAGAGCAAGCAAAAUUAGAUGUUGACUUGAAGCAAGUAGAGACCAAAAAACUGGAAAAAACAACAGCUCAGAAGGGUAAAAAGAAAGAUGCUUUCGAUGCCAACGCUUGGGAGAAUAUUCCGGAUUACGACAGGCCGGUGUUGGAAACAUUCGAGCCUCAUGAUAAGGCUGAAUAUGCCGGACGGGAUAAAACUAAGCUAUCCAAGGAAAAGCCCCAAUUGGUGGCUGAAGGCAAAGAAAAACCGGCCUUUGCCGCCGAGCAAAAAGCCAUUCCGUCCGUGCCUCAAAUUAAAACUCCCGAAGCGCCCAAAAUUGAGGUUAUUAAAGAAAGAUCCCCCGAACCUAGAAAAGCUUCCUUAGAGCCAACUCCUGGCUCGGGAAGCAGACGCGGAUCUCUGAUACCUCCUGAGGCCGCAGCCAGACGCGCCAGUCUUAUCAUUUCUGAUGAGGAACAUAGGAAACUCAGGCCAGGCGAGGUGUUAGAUGAUAAAAAGCCGAAAUCAAAACGUCCCGGGGAAUUAUCUGCUUCUGAAAGACAGCGUCGACGUCCAAGUGCCGAAGUAAGAAGGCCAAGUUUGGCUGAACUUGAGGAUAUAAUUAAUAAACCGUCGACUCCCUUAAAACCGUCUGGACCAAAAGGUUCUCCUCCCAGCAUUAUCGAUGUUCAAGAGAAUUACUCUUCAGUUGAAGAUCAAACCGCAUAUAUCACCAUCCAAGUGGAAGGUGAUCCACCACCAAAAUUCAAAUUUUACAAGGGUGUGACUGAGAUUAUUGAAGGAGGUAGAUUUAAAUUUAUCACUGAUGGUGAGACGAAUCUUAUCACGCUGUGCAUCAGGAAAGUAAAGCCUAAUGAUGAAGGGCAAUAUAAAGUGGUUGUAUCUAACGUACAUGGAGAAGAUUCCGCAGAAAUGAUGCUUUAUGUUGCUGGCGCCGCUGGUGUUGAUUUCCGUGCCAUGUUGAUGAAAAGGAAAUAUGCCAAGUGGGACAAAGAUAAGGGUGACCCAGAUUGGGGUGAUUUGAAAGAAGUAGAAAAACCAAUCCCAGCAUUAAAAAAAGUUGAAAAGAAAUCCGAAUCCUUUUUGAAACCACUCGUCGACCAAUAUGCAAAGGAAGGCAAAGAUAAGAAAGCCGUUUUCGAGGCUGGAUUUUCUAAACCAAACUGUAAACCCAAAUGGCUCUUCCGAAAGGACGAACUUUUCCAAGGAGCCAAAUACCAAUUCAAAAAUGAGAAUGAUUUGUAUCAGCUCAUUAUCACAAACCCUAAAGUGGAAGAUUCUGGCAAAUAUACAAUUGAAAUAGGAGGCGUGCAUUGUACAGCUUUUCUCAAUGUCGAAGAGCCAGAUCCAUCAUAUACUUUCACUAAAGCUCUGAAAAAGAAGUACGACGGCUAUACGCAGCAUGAAGUUGAACUUUCCUGCACGGUGAGCAACAGCUUAGCCAUCGUUGGCUGGUAUAAAGGAGCGAAGAAGUUAGAAGACGGAGAUAAAUAUCAAAUUUCCAAGGACCUCAGUGGCGUCUGCCGCCUUACUAUCAAGAACGCUACUUUCGAUGAUGCUGACGAAUAUUCUUGCAAACUUGAGAAGCAAACCGAGAAAACUGUAACCAAAGUAAACAUCGUUGAUUACCCUUACAAAUUCGUCAAGGUACUCAAGCAUCAACAGCAUGUUGAAAAGGAGAACAUCACCUUCCUCUGUGAAUUGAACGACGCUGGUGGAGACGUGAAGUGGUUCAAAGGAGAUCAAGAAAUCACUCCAGAUAAAAGACUGGUUGUUAGUAAAGACGGCAGGAAACGAAAGCUGGUAAUUAAGGACGCCAAAGUUACUGACGCUGGGAUGUAUUCCUGUGUCAGCAACGCCGAUAAAACCGAAGCAGAAUUAGUCGUCAACUAUCUCAAUCGCUUCAACAAGAAACUGAAGGACACCAAUGCCGUUGAACGCGAAAGGCUUGUUCUGGACAUCGAGCUUCAAGAUCAAACAGCGCCUGCUGAAUGGUUCUUCAAUGGCGAACCCAUCGUACCUUCAGACAGAAUCGAAAUUAAGAACCUGGGAGGCGGAAAGCAUCAGUUGAUCUUUAACAAACUCGAUUUAGCUGAUUCCGGUGAAAUCAAAGUCAAAUCUGGACAGUUGGAAUCUUCGAUGAACCUUGCAGUCAACAAAGGUGAAAGUAUACCAAAGAUCGAUUUCCCAUCUACAUACGAAGCACCUAUUAGCAAGCCCAUUCUUAUGGAAGUUCCAUAUAAAAUUGAAGGAACUAGACAAUCCCAACUAGAAGCCAAGCUUAUCAAAGACGGCAAAGUACUGCCACUUAAAGAUGUGGAUGUCAUAAUAGCAGAUGAAAAAGUUACUUUCAAGAUCAAAAAGCCCAGCAGAGACCAAUCUGGUCCCUAUCAAAUCAAACUAUCCAAUGCCCAGGGUGAAGAUGUAAAAGAUGUGAAGAUAAUUAUGCAAGACGUGCCCGCGCCACCUCAAGACGUCGAUGUUAAAGAGGUCUUCCAGACCAACUGCAAAGUGGCGUGGAAGACACCGGCUGAUGAUGGAGGAUCGCCGAUUCUGCAUUAUGUCGUUGAAAGGCAAGAUUUGAGUUUGAAAGCUGGAUGGGACAAUGUGGGCGAAGUCAAGCCCGGACAAACCUCUUUCAAGGUUGAAGGUUUGGUCCCGAAAAAGCAAUACAAAUUCCGUAUUAGAGCUGUAAAUAAACUAGGGUCAAGUGAACCUGCUCUGUUCGCUAAACCUGUCCUUGCUAAAGACCCUUGGGAUGAACCUAGCAAACCAAACAACGUGGAAGUCGUCGAUUGGGACAAAGACCACGCCGAUCUCAAAUGGCUUCCUCCAGAUAACGACGGUGGUGCUCCCAUCACGGGAUACAUUGUUGAAGUCAAAGACAAAUUUGGAAAAGAAUGGACUACCGGAAUUGAAGUCCCCGGCGAGCAGCUCUCUGCAACUGUGCCGGGAUUAAAAGAAAACAGCCAGUACGAAUUCAGAGUUAGAGCAGUUAACAAAGCUGGACCUGGCGAACCAAGUGACACAACUAAACCUAUCAUCGCCAAAUGCCGAUUUGUGAAGCCUUUUAUCAUCGGAGACGACCUGAAGAGCAUAAUAAUCAAAAAAGGACAAAUCGUCAAGUACGACAUCAAGUUCGGGGGAGAGCCUGAACCAACCGUUCAAUGGUUCCUAGACCAAAAGGAAAUAAAACCAGACAUCGAAGAACGCAUAACCAUCGAUUCAUACGAGAAAAAUACUAUCAUCACUGUAAGACGCGCAGCCCGAGCUGACAGCGGCAAAUAUCGACUAGUACUUACUAACAGUUCUGGAACGUGUGAAGGAAUAGCAGAAGUCAUAGUUCUGGAUAAACCAACACCACCAAAAGGUCCGUUAGAACCAGAAGAAAUUCGUGCUGAUCACGUCACAGUGAAAUGGCAACGACCAGAAGAUAUGGGUGGUACCGAACUGACUGGAUAUGUUCUUGAAAAAAUGGAUAUGGAUACAGGCCGAUGGGUAUCUGCUGGCGAGGUUGGCCCCGGAGACAACAAGUUCACGUUCAAAGGACUUACACCCAAAAAGAAAUACAAAUUUAGAGUGAGGGCCAAGAACAAGGAAGGAGAAUCAGAACCUUUGGAAACUUCGGACUUCAUCCUGGCUAAAAAUCCAUAUGAUGAACCUGGAGCGCCCGGAAAACCAGAUAUUAUUGAUUACGAUAAUAAGAGUGCUACUUUGAGAUGGCCCAAACCCGAAAAUGAUGGUGGAAGACCGAUUUCUCAUUACACCAUCGAAAUGAAAGACAAAUUUUCCCCGGACUGGAAGGAGGUUGCAACAACAUCUGACAGCAAUCCAGAAGGAAAAGUGGAGAAUUUAAAAGAAAAUCAGGUUUAUCAGUUUAGAGUGCGGGCACACAACAAAGCUGGGCCUAGUGUUCCUUCUGAACCUACAGAUAAUCACCUCUGCAAGCACAAAAACUUGAAACCACGUAUCGACCGGGAAACCUUCAAAUCAAUCACCAUUAAAGCUGGACGCACUCACAAAUGGGCCGUCGACUUCAUGGGCGAACCUCCACCGGAGGUGAAGUGGGUUUGGAGGGAUAACAUUCCACUUACUAACUCCGAAAGAAUUAAAAUCGAAAACGCCGAGUACCACACUGACUUUACUUUGCUUAAUGCCGUCCGAAAAGACACUGGAAAAUAUACGCUGAUCAUCGAAAACGUAAACGGCAAAGACCAGGAAACUGUAGAGCUCACAGUUCUAAGUAAACCAGGAUCUCCUCAAGGACCUCUCGUUGUUAGCGAUGUCACUGCUGAAAAAGCUAAAGUUAGCUGGAAAAAACCUGAAGAUGACGGUGGCAGUCCUAUUAAAGAAUACGAAAUUGAAAAAAUGGAUAUGGCUACUGGAAAAUGGGUCCGUUGUGGCCGUGUUCCAGGAGACAAACUUUCGCCCGAUGGUAAAGGCGAGUUCGAAGUCACUGGACUUAAUCCAGGUUCAGAAUAUAAAUUCAGAGUAACAGCGGUUAAUAAUGAGGGCGACUCUGAUCCUUUAGUCGCUGAUAGACCUACAUUAGCCAAAAAUCCAUUCGACGAGCCUGGAAAACCAGGAGUGCCAGAAAUCGUUGAUUACGACAACAAAGGAGUUGACCUGAAAUGGACGGCCCCUGAAAACGACGGUGGCUCACCGAUUGAGAAAUAUAUCAUCGAAAAGAAGGAUAAAUACAAGCCAGACUGGGAGAAGGCAAUUGAAGUACCAGGAGAUCAAUUGCAGGCCCGCGUUGAAGACCUCAAAGAACGCGGUGAAUAUCAGUUCCGUGUGAAAGCGGUCAACAAAGCAGGCCCCGGUCAGCCUUCUGAUGCAUCUCAAAUGCAAAUAAUCAAACACCGAUCACUCAAACCCAGAAUUGACCGAACCAACCUUAAGCCGAUAAUCGUUCGUGCUGGAAAGCCCAUCAAGUACGACGUUGAUGUCAGGGGUGAACCUCCACCAACAAUCACUUGGUUCCAUAUUGAUACUGAAGUCAAAUCAGAAGGCAACAUUGAGAUAAUCAAUGUUGACUACAAUACGAAACUGAACAUCACCAACUCCGUGCGCAAGAAUACUGGAGUUUACAGAAUCAAAGCUGUAAACGAGCAUGGACAAGAUGAGGCAGAAGUGGAAGUUACCGUUCUCUCAUCGCCGGGAAAACCAAAGGGCCCUCUGAAAGUAUCCGAUGUUACAAAGAGCGGAUGCAAACUGAAAUGGGACAAGCCUGAAGACGAUGGUGGCAAACCAGUCACUGGUUACGUAGUUGAAAAACUCGAUAAAGCUACCGGCAGGUGGGUUCCAGUUGGACGCACUGGUCCCAAUGACACAGAGAUGGAUGUAAAAGGCCUUACUGAAGGACACGAAUACGAUUUCCGAGUAAAGGCCGUGAACGACGAAGGUGAAUCAGAACCACUGGAAACUGAUGGAUCGAUUAUUGCCAAGAACCCCUACGAUAUUCCUGGAAAGCCUGGCACUCCGGAAAUAGUAGACUGGGACGCUGAUCGAGUUGAUCUCAAAUGGACUGCCCCUAAGAGUUCAGGUGGUGCGCCUAUCACAGGAUAUGUCAUUGAAAAGAAGGAGAAAUUCUCUACGUCUUGGGAUGAAAUUCUCAGCACUGAUUCUCCGACCUGUGAAGCCAGAGUGCCUGGACUUAAAGAAGGCAAUACGUAUCAGUUCCGCGUAAGAGCUGUAAAUAAAGCUGGACCUGGCGAGCCUUCUGAUGCCACUGGCCAACAUGUGUCCAAAGCCAGACAUAAGCGUCCACUGAUCAACAGAGAGAAGCUUCACACUGUAAAAGUACGUGCAGGCCAACUGGUGAAGUUCGAUGUGGAUGUCCAAGGAGAACCUCCACCGAUCUGUACAUGGAGCUUCGCGCAUAAACCUCUGGAAAACGGACCGAAAACGAAAAUUGAAAAUGAAGACUACAACACCAAACUUACACUGUCGGACACAUCCCGAAAAGAUACCGGCACAUAUACACUUCGAGCUGAAAAUGACUCCGGCUUUGAUGAAGCUCCAGUUGAAGUCAUUGUUCUGGACAAACCCGGAAAACCGGAAGGACCACUUGAAGUGAGUGAUGUACAUAAAGAAGGAUGCAAACUCAAAUGGGACAAACCUAAAGACGACGGAGGCCUUCCAAUAACAGGAUACGUUGUGGAGAAACAAGAUACACAAACCGGCAAAUGGGUGCCCGCAGGAUUUGUUGAUCCUGACAAAACAGAUCAUGAAAUAACUGGUCUUGAACCAAAUAAAAAGUAUAACUUCAGAGUAAAGGCCGUAAAUGAAGAGGGCGAAUCAGAACCUUUAGAAACUGACACAGCCACUCUUGCUAAAAACCCAUAUGAUAUAUCUGCACCACCCGGUUUGCCUGAAAUCGUGGAUUGGGAUGAACACUCAGUUAAAUUGAAAUGGGACAAACCCGUACGAGAUGGUGGUGCGCCUAUCACCGGAUAUAUCAUUGAAGCUAUGGAUAAAUUUACUGGUCAGUUUGCCAAAGUCGCCGAAGUAGGCCCUCAGUGCCAAGGAACCGUAGGCAAGCUUGAAGAAGGAAAUCAAUACAAAUUCCGCGUCAGAGCCAUCAAUAAGGCCGGCCAAUCAGAACCUUCUGAACAGACCAACUGGCAUACAGCCAAAGCCCGAUUCUUGAAACCACUGAUUGAUCGCACCAACCUCAAGCCGCUGUCGGUGAAAGCAGGCCUUUCCAUUAGUUUGGACAUUAACAUUCAAGGCGAACCUCCACCGACUGUCACAUGGCUUUAUGAAGGCAAAGAGAUUUCAUCCACUGAUGAGCUGAAAAUUGACAACAUUGAUUACAACACCAAGUUCUUCAUCCUGCGCUCUAAGAGAACGCAAUCUGGCAAAUACACCAUCAUUGCCAAAAACGAAGUUGGAACAGACGAAGCGGAAAUUGAAAUUUCCGUUCUUGGCAAACCAGGAUCGCCAAAGGGACCUCUAGACGUGUCUGAUGUAACUAAACAUGGUUGCAAACUAAAAUGGAAGAAACCGGAAGACGAUGGUGGCAGCCCGAUUGACCAUUACGAAAUUGAGAAACUUGAUCCUCUAACUGGUCAAUGGAUUCCGUGUGGUAGAAGCACGGAACCGGAAGCCAAUAUUACUGGCUUACAAGAAGGAAAACCGUACAAAUUCAGAGUCAAGGCCGUGAACAAGGAGGGAGAAUCCGAACCAUUGGAGACUGAAAAAUCCAUCAUUGCCAAAAAUCCAUUCGAUGAACCCACAAAACCUGGACGCCCAGAUCUCAAAAACUGGGACAAAGACUUCGUUGAACUGGCAUGGAAAGCCCCAGUCAGCGACGGAGGAGCUCCAAUCCAGAAAUAUAUUAUCCAAAUGCACGACAAAGCUGGACGUGGUUGGGUUGAUGCCGCCACAGUACCUGGAGAUAAAACUGCAGGUCGUGUUGAGACAGUUGAAGAAGGCCACGAGUACGAAUUCAGAAUAGUAGCUGUCAACAAGGCAGGACCUAGUGAACCUAGCGAUCCAUCCAAACCCGUUAUUGCCAAACCCCGAUUCUUGGCACCGAAAAUUGAUCGCAAGAAUCUCACCAAACAAUCACUUCGUCCUGGACAGCUUCUUCGGCUAGAAGCUGAUGUGAAAGGUGAACCUCCACCGACCAUUACGUGGACCCUCAAGGAGCAGAACCUCCGAAACACCGAUAGGCUCAAAAUCGAUAACGAAGAUUACCACACCAGCUUUGUGCUUCAAAAAGUACAACGCAGCGAUACUGGCGUUUACGUAGUUACAGCUAGAAACGACUCAGGAGUAGAUACUGUUGAAGUUGAAAUUUCAGUAGUAACUAAGCCCGGCAAACCUAAAGGACCCCUCAAAGUAUCAGACGUCUCAGCAGAAGGAUGCAAACUUAAGUGGGAGGCCCCAGAAGACGAUGGUGGCGAACCAGUUACUGGAUAUGUGGUUGAACGAAUGGACGUUGAGACUGGAAGAUGGGUACCUGUUACUACUACAAAAACACCUGAAGCUGAUGUAACAGGACUGAAUGAAGGCAAAGACUAUCAAUUCAGAGUCAAAGCUGUUAAUGCUGAAGGCGAAUCUGAGCCAUUGGUUACAGAUGAACCAACAACUGCCAAAAAUCCCUAUACUGAACCAGACUCACCCGGAAAACCCGAGCUUAAGGACUGGACGAAAGAUCAUGCUGACCUCAAAUGGGCGCCACCAAAGAAUGAUGGCGGCGCACCUGUUGAGAAGUACAUUAUAGAGAAGAAAGACCCCAUUACUGGAAAAUGGCAUAAGGCAGUCGAAGUACCUGGAAAUAAAACGGAAGCUAGAGUUCCAGAAUUGCAAGAAGGUCAAAAGUAUUCCUUCCGCGUCAAGGCUGUUAAUAAGGGCGGAGAAAGUAAGCCAUCACCACCAUCUGACACGAUCACCGCGAAAGACAGAUUUGUGCCACCUAAGAUCGACCGCACUUCACUUAAAGACCUCACUGUGAAGGCUGGACAGCACAUUCGUCUCGAUGUGAAAAUAUCUGGUGAACCUCCACCGACAAAGACGUGGUUCUUAAACAAAGCCCGCAUCGAGAAUCGGGAUGAUAUUAACGUUGAUCUGGAGGAUUAUAGAACCAAACUUGUAAUUCCUGUAGCUAAGAGAGAACAUACUGGCACGCUGGUGAUCAAAGCUGAAAACAGCUCUGGAAGAGAUGAAGCCAGCAUUGAAAUUAAGGUGCUAGAUAAACCAGGAAAACCAGAAGGACCUUUGAGAAUUAGUGAUGUUCAUAAAGAAGGUUGUGCCCUAAAAUGGAAUCCACCACUAGACGACGGCGGCGUUCCAUUAGAUUACUAUCAAGUGGAGAAACUGGACACUGCCACUGGCCGUUGGGUACCAGCAGGCCGUUCCAAAGAACCAAAAAUUGAGCUGAAUAACCUAGAACCUGGUCAGGAAUAUAAAUUCAGGGUUUCAGCCGUGAAUGCCGAAGGCGAAUCAGAACCUCUAGAGGCAGAACAAACUAUUGUUGCCAAGAAUCCGUUCGAUGAACCAGGAGCACCCGGAACUCCCGAGGUAGUAGACUGGGACAAGGACCAUGUGGAUCUGAGAUGGACUCCACCAACCAAGGAUGGUGGAUCUCCAAUCACUGGAUACAUAAUAGAAAAAAGGGAGAAGGGCUCACCCAAGUGGACUAAAGCCGGUGAGACCGGACCGUUUGAAACCAAGGGAACAGCCGAUAACCUGGAUGAAGGUGUUGAAUAUGAAUUUAGAGUUAGAGCUGUUAAUGCAGCUGGACCCGGAGAACCAAGUCAAGCUUCUAAAUCAGUUAUUACCAAACCACGCAAAUUGGCACCUAAGAUCGAUCGCCGCAACCUACACAAUAUCACCGUUAAAGAAGGCGAACCGAUUUACAUCGAUGUUAAAGUAAGUGGUGAACCGGCUCCCGAAGUCACAUGGUAUCAGGAUGGUCGUACUAUUACUGACGGCACCCAUAAACGUGUCGACAAUGUGCCAUACAACUCCAAAUUCUUCAACGAUAGACCCGAACGAAAGGAUACUGGAGUAUAUAAAAUUGUCGCCGUUAACAAAUAUGGACAGGACCAAGCGGAAAUAGACAUAACAGUAGUUUCCAAACCCGGACAACCUGAAGGACCUCUAGAAGUGUCUGAUAUUCACAAGGAUGGAUGCACACUUAAAUGGAAGAGACCCAAAGAUGAUGGUGGAGAACCAAUUGAGAACUACGUGGUUGAAAAGUUGGACCCUGAAACAGGAAUCUGGUUGCCAGUUGGUAAAACGACUGGAGCUGUUCCUGAAAUGCAAGUUGACGGACUUAUUCCUGGACACGACUACAAAUUCAGAGUAAAAGCUGUGAAUAAAGAGGGCGAAUCGGAACCUCUAGAAACAUUUGGAACCAUCACAGCCAAAGACCCUUACACUACUGCCGCCAAGCCAGGUACGCCAGAACCAGAAGACUGGUCGGCUAACCACGUCGACCUCAAAUGGACUGAACCCGUCUCUGAUGGAGGAGCUCCCAUUACCGGGUACAUAAUUGAAAUGAAGGACAAAUACAGUCCACUUUGGGAAAAGGCUGUUGAAACCACCAGCCCUACUCCAAAGGCUACCGUAACCGGUUUAAUCGAAGGCAAUGAGUAUCAAUUCAGAGUUAUUGCCCUCAAUGCUGCAGGACCCAGCCAAGCUUCUGAUGCUAGCAAAAUUUUCACUGCCAAGCCUAGAUAUUUGGCGCCUAAAAUCGACAGGCGUUACCUGCACGAUGUUACAAUUUCUGCAGGAUCACCUCUUAAAUUCGAAGCAAAUAUUAUCGGUGAACCUCCACCGAGUGUGGAGUGGCGCUUCAGUGGCAUCACGUUGAAGAAUGACAAACGUACCACCAUUGAUAAUCCAGACUAUAGCACCAAAAUUGCUAUUCGUCCGGUUGGUCGCGAUGAUACCGGCCAAUACACAGUUACAGCCAGUAACAGUUCUGGCAAAGACAUUCAUACUAUCAACGUUACUGUUACUGACAAGCCCACUCCUCCUCAAGGACCCCUUCAAGUAUCAGACGUCAACAAGAACGGCUGUAAAUUGAAAUGGAAACGCCCGAAAGACGAUGGCGGCACUCCAAUUGAGUACUAUCAAGUUGAUAAGAUGGAUCCAGAAACUGGAUGCUGGGUACCUUGCGGAAGAGCCAACGAGCCAAACUUUGAAGUUACCGGUCUAACACCAAACCACGAAUAUAAAUUCAGAGUAGCUGCCGUAAACGCUGAAGGUGAAUCGAAACCUUUAGAAGCAGAAGAAACAAUAAUUGCAAAGAAUCCAUUUGAUGAACCCGGAGCACCUGGACAUCUCAAGGCGACUGAUUGGGAUAAGGAUCAUGUCGAUCUCGAAUGGACCCCACCAAAAGACGACGGAGGCUCUCCAGUCACUGGAUACAUUAUUGAAAAGAAGGACAAAUUUGGGGAUUGGGAGAAGGCUCUCGAAGUACCAUCUGAUAAACUUAAAGCCACUGUCCCAGACCUGAUUGAAGGUCAACCUUAUCAAUUCCGGGUUCGUGCAGUGAAUGCUGCUGGACCUGGUGAACCAAGCAAUGAAACUCCAACCAUAAUUGCCAAACCCCGCAACUUAGCACCAAAGAUUGAUAGAACUAAUCUUAUUGAAAUUAAAAUCCGUGCAGGACAAGCCUUUGGCUACGAUGUUAAAGUAUCCGGUGAGCCGAUGCCUACUACCAAAUGGUUGCAAAAGGGCAAGGAAAUCAAAUCUGGACCCAAUUGCAAAGUGCAACAUGGCGAUUACAACACUAAGAUAAAUGUGAAAAAUGCGACAAGAGCAGAUUCCGGUACUUACACCGUUACAGCUGAAAACGCGAACGGCAAAGAUAUCGCUGAAGUAGAGGUAAUUGUGCUAGACGUACCCAGUCCACCUGGUGGUCCACUUAAGGUGUCCGAUGUCCAUGCGAACGGAUGCAAACUCAACUGGAGACCACCAUCAGAUGACGGUGGCCAGCCUGUUGAGAGUUAUUUAGUAGAAAAAAUGGACGAAGCAAGCGGACGAUGGGUUCCAGUUGGUGAAACUGAGGGGCCCCAAACAUCCAUCACCGUUGACGGUUUAACUCCCGGACACAAAUAUAAAUUUAGAGUUCGAGCUCAGAAUCGUCAAGGCAAAUCCGAACCUCUCACUACUGCUCAGGCAAUCGAAGCCAAAAAUCCCUUCGACGAACCAGGCAAAACUAGUGCGCCGGAAAUCGUGGAUUAUGACAGCGAUUUCGUUGAACUUAAGUGGGACAGGCCAGAGAGCGAUGGAGGCUCACCAAUCACAGGAUACGUCAUUGAAAAACGCGACAAAUUCAAUCCCAACUGGGAAAAAUGUGCUGAAGUUGAGGGUGAUGUUACGAGAGGAAAAGUUAACGACCUUAUUGAAGGUACUCCUUAUGAGUUCAGAAUCCGAGCCAUCAACAAGGCUGGACCUGGAGAAGCGAGUGAUGCAUCCAAAAUUCAUGUUGCCAGACCCAAAAAUCUCGCUCCCAAGAUCGACCGAAACUCAUUUUACGACCUUAAAGUCAAAGUUGGCCAAUCGAUUGAGUUCAACGUUCCAGUUAUCGGUGAACCGCCACCAAGCAAAGAAUGGAAGCACAAAGAAAACGUGCUGUUUAAUACUGACCGCGUCAAGAUUACUAACGAAGACUACAGAACUCAAAUAAAAAUCACUGACGCCCAGAGAGCUGACAGCGGUCCAUAUACUUUAACCAUCAAAAAUUCCAAUGGUAGAGACACUGAGACCGUAAAAGUAACUGUUCUGGAUGUACCAACUCCACCGGAAGGACCUCUUAGUGCUGACAACGUUACUAAGAACUCUCUGAAUCUUCACUGGCGGCCACCAAAAGACGACGGCGGAUCAGAAAUAUCCCAUUAUCAAGUGGAGAAACUUGACACAGAAAACAUGAGAUGGGUACCAGUCGGAGACUCAGUUGGAACAUCCAUGCGCGUUCCCAAUUUAACUGAAGGCCAUGACUAUCAGUUCCGGGUUCGGGCAGUGAACAAACAAGGAGAAUCCGCCCCCUUAACUACUACUGAAAGCAUCACAGCGAAAGAUCCAUUCACUAAGCCAGAUAGGCCUGGUGCUCCUAAACCAACCGAUUGGGAUAAAGAUCAUGUGGAUCUUGAAUGGACUCCACCAAGAAAGGACGGAGGAGCUCCAAUCACUGAGUAUAUCAUUGAAAAGAGGCCAAAACAUGGAACUUGGGAAGAAGCUGCUAGAGUUCCUGGAAAUGCAACCAAAGGAACUGUACCAAAUCUGACUGAAGGCGAAGAAUAUGAGUUUAGAAUCAUUGCCGUGAACAAAGGAGGACAUAGCGAGCCCAGUGAGGCAUCUAUUCCUGUUAUUGCUAAGCCACGAUUCCUGGCUCCGUCUUUCAACAAGAGCUUGCUUGAAGACAUUACUGUCAAGGUUGGUCAACGAUUUGGAUGGACAAUUCCCAUCGAAGCAGCACCUAAACCAACUGCUAAAUGGAGCGUUAAUGGAAAAGAUAUUUCCGUUGAUGAUAGAGUAGACUUUGCCGUAUUUAACAACAAAUUAUCAUUUGAUGUCACAUCAGCGUUGCGCACUGAUACCGGCAGAUACACUUUAACUCUCAGCAAUGAAGUUGGUAGUUUUACAGCAUCCGCGCAAGUUACUGUAUUGGACAGACCAAGUCCACCACAACCACCACUAGAUGUUGGUAGUGUGACGAAAGAAAGUGCUAGAAUUUCGUGGAAGCCACCACUUGAUAAUGGUGGUUCUCCAAUAUUGCAUUACAUUGUUGAAAAAAUGGAUGUGUCUCGUGGAACAUGGUCAGACGCUGGUAUGGCCACAAUUACAUCUCAUGACAUUACCCGACUUAUCCAUAAGAAGGAAUACUUCUUCCGCGUCAAAGCAGUUAAUGCUGUAGGCGAGUCUGAACCUCUGGAAACACCCAGAAGUAUCAUAGCCAAAAACGAAUUUGAUGAACCUACUGCUCCUGGUAAACCAGCCGUUACGGACUGGGAUAAAGACCAUGUGGAUCUGGAAUGGACCCCACCAAAAAGCGAUGGAGGUUCUCCUAUUACUGGCUACAUUGUGCAAAAGAAAGAAAAGGGCAGUCCCUACUGGACAAAUGCUGUCCACGUUCCAGCUAAAAGCAACACCUGUACUGUGCCAGACCUAACCGAGGGUCAAGAUUACGAAUUUAGAGUAAUCGCCACAAACACCGCUGGACAAAGUGAACCAUCGGAACCCUCAGAUGUUGUCACUGCCAAGGCCAGAUUCUUGGCUCCUAAAAUCAAGACGCCACUUAAUGACAUUCGUAUCAAAGCUGGACUUAUCUUGCACAUUGACAUCGACUUUAUUGGUGAACCUUGUCCUGAAGCUACCUGGACCGUAGGAAGCAAACCAUUAACCGCUGAUGACCGCACAACGGUCACAUCAAUAGGGUAUCAUACAGUAAUUCACACUGUGAAUGCUAAACGAUCAAACAGUGGAUUGUAUCAUCUUUUAAUUAAAAACAACUCUGGCAUUGAUGAAGGUUCAUUCCAAGUCACCGUUCUUGAUCGCCCUGGACCUCCAGAAGGUCCUCUUGAAUACGAGGAAGUGACCGCCCAAAGCGUAACACUUUCGUGGAAACCACCUAAAGAUAAUGGUGGCAGUGAAAUCACUGGCUUCGUUAUUGAGAAGCGCGACUUAACACACGGAGGUGGUUGGGUACCUGCCGUCAAUUACGUAAAUCCCAAAUACAACCACGCGGUUGUACCAAGAUUAAUUGAAGGCACCAAAUACGAAUUCAGAGUCUUCGCUGAAAACUUACAAGGCCGUUCCGAUCCGCUUGAUACUGAAAAACCAGUUGUUGCUAAAAAUCAAUAUGAUGUUCCCGGAAAGCCUGGAAAGCCCGAGCUUGUGGACAGCGAUAAAGAUCACAUUAAAAUUAAAUGGUCAGCUCCAAUUAGUAAUGGUGGAUCUCCUAUUGUUGGGUAUGACAUUGAACGUCGUGACCGAGCAACUGGUAGAUGGGUGAAAUUGAACAAAGAACCCGUCAGAGGCCAAGACUAUUAUGACGAUAGAGUGCAAGAAGGACAUCAAUAUGAAUAUAGAGUUUCAGCUGUUAAUGCAGCUGGUAAUGGAAAACCUAGUGACACAUCCAACGUAUUCAUUGCUAAACCAAUGAAAGAAAAACCGAAAUUAUGGCUGGAUGGAAUCAUUGGAAGGAAAAUCAAGGUACGGGCAGGAGAGCCCAUUAACAUCGAUAUUCCCCUGACUGGGGCUCCAGCCCCUAAAGUGGACUGGAUAAAGAACAAACUUCCAAUACCAGAAAGUAGCAGAUUAUACACUGAAACCAAUAGCGAACACACACGACUACGAGUUGAGACCUCCAACAGAGCUGAUGCAGGAACUUAUACAGUUAGAGCCAAAAAUGAAUAUGGCGCAGAUGAAGCUGACAUCGAAGUCAUUGUCGUUGAUAAACCCGGAAUUCCAAAGGGCCCGCUUCAAUACACUUCUACCACACAAGAUUCCAUAUCACUCUCAUGGAACCCACCAACUGAUGAUGGCGGUGGUGAUAUUACUGGAUAUAUCGUGGAAAUUUCCGAAUUUGGCACCGAUCUAUGGAGACCAUGUCCCGGGUUCUGCCCUAGACCAUCUUUCACAGCGCGCGGACUUACUGAAGGCAAGAAAUACGUUUUCAGGGUUCGUGCAGAGAACAUCUAUGGAGUGUCUGAGCCUCUUGAGGGCAAACCAGUUGUUGCCAAGAGUCCAUUUGACCCUCCAGGCGCUCCUAGUCAACCAGAAAUCACCGGAUACACACCAAGUUCAUGUUCUCUUAAAUGGAAUCCACCUGCGUCUACAGGUGGCAAGCCAAUUAGUGGAUAUAUUGUCGAAAAACGUGAACGUGGAGGCGACUGGGUGAAAGUGAACAACUACCCGACGCCAAAUACUCAAUAUACUGUUCAAGACUUACGCGAGGGUAACAAAUAUGAGUUCCGCGUAACUGCUGUUAAUGAAGCCGGUCCAGGCGAACCCAGCAGACCUACAGAGCCAAUUAUUGCUCAACAUCAAAGAUUCACUCCCUCGGCACCAGAGCCUCCAAAGGCGGAUCGCAUCACAAAGGAUAGUGUUACACUUUCAUGGAGACCACCUAAAAGUGACGGAGGAUCGAAACUUCGUGGCUAUAUUCUACAAAAACGUCCUAAAGGUUCAGAUGACUGGACCGAUGUUAACUCAGUUCCAGUUAAUGACACCGUUUACACUGUUCCUCACCUCAAAGAAGGCGAAGAGUAUCAAUUCAGAGUUAUAGCGGUCAAUGACGUUGGAAAUUCCGAACCAAGUAGACCUAGCAAUCCAAUUCUAAUCGAAGAACAGCCUAACAAACCAUGCAUGGAUUUGGGAGGAGUACGUGACAUAACCGUUCGUGCUGGAGAAGACUUUAGCAUCCACGUUCCAUACAUUGGUUUCCCAAAACCAACCGCUUCUUGGUUUGCCAAUGAUAAAAUAUUGGAUGAAUCCGACAGUCGCGUCUUUCCACAGCUUGCUGACGACUAUGCAAGCAUUAUAGUGAAGAACUCCAAAAGAUCUGACACAGGGCAGUAUCGCUUGCAGCUGAAGAACCCAUCUGGUUUCGAUACCGCCACGAUUAAUGUUAGGGUUCUUGAUAGACCUGGCAAACCCGAAAACCUGAGAGCAGAUGAAUUUGCUGGGGAUGCGCUUACGCUCUACUGGCAGCCACCCAAAGAUAAUGGUGGAGCUGACAUUACAAAUUACAUUAUUGAGAAGAAAGAGGCCAAAUCAUCAACUUGGACCAAAGUCAGCAGUUAUGUCACUGUUCCAUUUGUCAGAAUCCGUAAUCUAACACUUGGUAAAGAAUACGACUUUAGGGUAAUUGCCGAAAACAUCUACGGGCAAUCAGAGCCUGCUGUUACAUCUGAACCUAUUCGCGCCAGGCAUCCAUUUGAUCCUCCAGGAGCUCCAGGAACUCCACGAGGAAUUGAUAGUAGUGAAGACUCUAUUACUAUUCAAUGGACUAAACCUCGUCAUGACGGCGGAUCCCCGAUUACCGGAUAUGUUGUUGAGAAACGACUUAUUACUGAAGAUAAAUGGACCAAAGCCUCUCAUGCUUUGAUUCCUGAUCUCAACCUUAAAGCUAUCAACCUGAUCGAAAAUCACGAAUAUGAAUUUAGAGUGGCUGCUGUGAAUGCUGCAGGUCAAGGACCUUGGAGCUCAGCCUCAGAUGCGCUUUGCGCCCGAGCUGCCCCAUCAGCACCCAAGAUCACGUCAGAUUUAAGUAUUCGCGAUAUCGUUGUUAUCGCAGGUGAAGAGUUAAGAAUUACUGUUCCCUACGUAGCUACACCGAAGCCUAAAGCUGCAUGGACAAUUAAUGGAGAUGAAGUUAGUGGAGACGAUAGGAUUAAGCUUGAAACCACCGAUAUAGCGUCAAUAUUCUACAAUAAAUCAGCGAAACGUUCAGACACUGGAAGCUACACUAUCAAACUUACCAAUUCGAUGGGAUCCGACUCUGCAUCUUGUAGAGUACUCGUGGUCGACAGACCUCAGCCUCCGCAAGGUCCUCUCGAUGUGUCUGAUGUUACCCCAGACAACUGCUCUCUGGCAUGGAGGCCUCCGUUAGAUGACGGUGGCUCGCCUAUAACAAAUUACAUUGUUGAGAAAUUGGAUCAAAAUGGUAUCUGGGUGAAAGUGAGCAGUUUCGUGCGUAGCACACAUUACGACGUGAUGAGUCUCGAACCAAAUAAGAAAUAUAGCUUCAGAAUCAGAGCAGAAAAUCAAUAUGGAAUUAGUGAACCUCUGGAAACUAGCGAACCAGUAAUAGCUAAAUAUCCAUUUACCAUCCCAGAACCACCAAGUCCACCACGCGUCAUUGAUUGGGAUAGUAACACUAUCAACCUGGCAUGGGACCGUCCGACUCAUGACGGAGGUUCUCGCAUUCAAGGCUACAAGCUCGAGUACAGAGAUGUGCGCGAUACCCACUGGAUGAGUGCUAGCGACUAUCUAAUAAAAGAUACCCAUUUCGAUCUUUAUAACAUGGUUACCGGUCAAGAAUACGAAUUCAGAGUAAGAGCCAAGAACGCCGCUGGAUUCAGCAAACCUUCAGCAUCAUCAUCCCGCUUUAAACUUAAGGGUAAAUUCAAUGUUCCCUCUGCGCCACGUGAACCUAAAGUGGUUAACGUUGGCAAAGGCUACGUGGAUCUUACUUGGGAACCACCAACUUCAGAUGGUGGAUCGAAAAUCACCGGCUAUCUUAUUGAAAAGAGAGAAAUUGGCAGUCCGUUAUGGACGAAAUGCAAUGACUACAAUGUCAGCGAUACUAACUUUACGGUUCUCAACUUACAAGACAGAUCCGAAUAUGAAUUUAGAAUAUCUGCAAUUAAUGCUGCCGGAAAGAGUGAACCAAGCAGCUGCACAGCACCAGUAAAAGUUUGCGAAGUUCUGGGAGGCGAAAAGCCGGACUGGCUGAGAAGAUUACAGAACAGCUCAGCUCCACUUGGAAAAUCUAUCAGUUUGGAAUGCGAAGCUACAGGUAAACCAGAACCUACAUUCCGCUGGUUGAGGAAUGGACGUGAAAUUCAAGGUGGUGGCCGAUUCAGGCUGGAAUCUAAAGGUGGUACUGCUUGGCUGCACAUCAAUGAUCUUCUGGAUGUUGAUGAUGGAGACUAUACUUGUGAAGCCAGCAAUUCACUUGGAGCAGUUACUACAACCGCACGUCUUAAAAUUGGAAAUCCUCCAAGGAUUGAAAGACUCCCCGGCGAUCUGUACUUGGCCGAAGGUGAUAAUACUAAGAUCAAAAUCUACUAUUCCGGAGACCAACCUCUUGAUGUUACUCUUACCAAAGAUGGACAGAAGGUCGAUGACGAAUCGCAUAUUAGAUUCACCAUAUUUGAUGAUUACAUUAUAAUAUUCAUAAAAGACAUCAAGAAAAGCGAUGCUGGAAGCUACAAUCUUACCGUAAAGAACGACAGUGGAAGUGCUUCAGGCAGCUUCCCAGUCUACAUUACCGGAUUGCCCGGACCACCAAAUGGCCCCUUGGAAACUACAGAUAUUACCAAACAUACAUGUACAUUAAGCUGGAAACCUCCUAGUUACGACGGAGGUCUUCGUGUAACUCACUAUGUAGUUGAAAGAAAAGACAUCAGCGGAACUCACUGGAUAACCGUAUCCAGCUCCUGUAGGGACACUACCUUUACUGUCCAAGGACUUACAGAAGGACAGGAAUAUCUGUUCAGAGUAAUGGCUGUAAAUGACAACGGAAUGGGACCGCCAUUAGACGGAGUGAACCCAGUAAGGGCCAAGGCUCCAUUUGAUCCUCCAUCACCACCUGGAAUUCCAGUUGUUACUCAAGUUGGAGGUGACUUUGUCAAUCUCGAAUGGACCAAGCCAGAAAACGACGGUGGUGCACGCGUACAGGGAUACUGGAUAGAUAAACGCGAAGUUGGUCAAUUAGCUUGGCAACGAGUCAAUGUAGCCAUUUGUUUACCAACACAAAUCAACAUUUCAAACCUAAUCGAAGGACGCCAGUACGAAUUUAGGGUUUUCGCUCAGAACAUUGCAGGCCUAUCAGAACCCUCAUCGGCCUCCACAUCUGUUACCAUAAAAGACCCUCUCGCGCCAACACCUCCAGAAAUUGUCAAGCCGCUUAAGAACGCGCAAAGCAUUCAAAAUCAUAAUGCCAAAUUCGAAUGCACUAUUACGGGAGUACCAACUCCCAACAUCACAUGGUACAAAGGGGCGAGAGAAAUUACAAAUGGAUCCAGAUAUCACAUUUACAGUGAGGGAGAUGUUCACCAUCUCGUUAUCCAUGAUGUAUUUGGUGAAGAUGCCGAUGAAUAUGUUUGCAGAGCAUCCAACAAAGCCGGUGUGAAAUCAACGCGAGCGGAAUUAUUAAUAAUGACUGCACCAAAAUUGAACAUUCCACCACGAUUCCGUGAUAGCGCGUACUUUGACAAGGGUGAAAAUGUUAUUAUCAAAAUUCCGUUCACCGGUUUCCCCAAGCCAAAGAUCACAUGGGUAAGGGAAGGUGAAGUAAUUGAAUCUGGUGGUCACUACCACGUUGAAGUAAAGGACAGACAUGCAAUUCUCACUAUACGAGACGCGAGCAAAUUGGACAGUGGACCAUACAGAAUAACAGCUGAAAAUGAACUUGGUCAAGACACUGCUAUCAUAAAGAUCCAAAUUGCCGAUCGCCCAGAUCCUCCACGAUUCCCAGUUGUGGAUAACAUUGGUACCGACUCAUUGGCUUUGUCAUGGAAAGCACCAGUUUGGGACGGUGGUAGCAACAUAACUAACUACAUGGUGGAGAGGAGAGAGCAUCCUCUAUCCACCUGGAUAAGAGUAGGAAACACCCGCCUUACCACAAUGGCGGUAAGUGGUUUAACACCCGGACACCAAUACGAGUUCAGAAUCUAUGCCGAGAAUAUUUACGGCAGAUCUGAUCCAUCCGAAGUUAGUACUCUAAUUACCAUGAAAGAUACUACUAAAAAGAAGGUUGAAAAGAAGAAGUACGAAGUGGAUGAAACCGGAAAGAAAAUCCGUGAAUCUCACAAAGAGCCAAUUAAGGACUAUGAUAGCUAUGUGUUCGAUAUCUACUCCAAGUUUGUGCCACAGCCUGUAGAAAUCAAGACCCGAAGCGUAUAUGAUGACUACGAUAUCCUAGAAGAAAUCGGUACGGGAGCCUUCGGAGUCGUUCACCGAUGCCGCGAAAGAAAAACUGGAAAUAUAUUCGCUGCGAAAUUCAUCCCAGUAUCUCAUGCAAUGGAAAAGGAACUUAUCCGCAAAGAAAUUGAUAUAAUGAAUCAGUUGCAUCAUCCUAAACUGAUCAAUCUCCAUGACGCUUUUGAAGACGAUGACGAAAUGGUGCUCAUCUACGAAUUCCUAUCUGGUGGCGAACUAUUCGAACGUAUCACUGCUGAAGGAUACAGCAUGUCUGAAGCCGAAGUAAUCAACUACAUGAGGCAAAUUUGUGAAGGAAUCAAGCACAUGCAUGAAAAGAACAUCAUCCAUCUUGAUAUUAAACCCGAGAAUAUUAUGUGCCAGACUAGAAAGGGCACCAACAUCAAACUCAUUGACUUUGGUUUGGCAACUAAAUUGGACCCCAAUGAAGUUGUAAAGAUUUCAACUGGUACGGCAGAGUUUGCUGCGCCAGAAAUUGUCGAACGCGAACCCGUAGGAUUCUAUACGGACAUGUGGGCAGUUGGUGUAUUGGCCUACGUACUGCUCAGUGGAUUAUCACCAUUCGCUGGAGAAAAUGAUAUUGAAACAUUGAAGAACGUUAAGGCCUGUGAUUGGGACUUUGACGAAGAAGCCUUCACGAAUGUGUCUGAAGAAGGGAAGGACUUCAUCCGACGACUAUUGCUCAAGAACAAAGAAAAGCGUCUAACUGCACAAGAGUGCCUACUGCAUGCCUGGUUAUCUGGAGACCAUAGCGACCGAAACAAGACCAUCGACCAAUCCAGAUACUUAAGUCUGCGCGAUAGAAUUCGCGCUAAAUAUGACGCCUGGGACUCAUUUGCCCUUCCAAUUGGUCGCUUAUCAGAGUAUUCCUCCUUGCGCAAAUUGCUCAUUGACAAAUACAAAAUUCACGACGCCUACUUCGAUCGUAGACAAGCUGCUCCAAGAUUCGUCAUCAAACCGCAAAGCGCAUUCUGUUACGAAGGACAGAGCGUUAAAUUCUACUGCAGAGUUAUUGGUGUUGCUACUCCAACAGUCAGUUGGUAUCACAAUAACGUUGAGCUACGACAGAGCGUUAAAUUCAUGAAGAGAUAUUCAGGUGAUGACUAUUACUUCGUCAUCAAUAGAGCCCGACUGCAAGAUCGCGGUGAAUACAUAAUUAGAGCAGAGAAUCAUUAUGGAUCCAGGGAAGAAGUUGUCUUCCUCAAUGUACAACCUUUGCCGACGGUAGUCCCAGAAUACAAACCGGAAACGGCACAAGUCAGACGACGUGAACCUUUGCCAUACACAUUCUGGCAAGAAGAACAAGAAUGCGCUCCCAGCUUUACUUUCCUGCUCAGACCUCGAGUCAUGCAGGAAAGAGACACUUGCAAGCUGUUGUGUUGUCUUAGUGGAAAGCCAUUCCCCACAGUCAAGUGGUACAAGGACAAGCGAGAACUUAGCAAAUAUGAAUAUUCUAUGUCGCACUCUGAUGGAGUUAUCACUAUGGAAAUCCAGGGCUGCAGGCCAUCUGACUCUGGAAAAUAUACUUGCAUCGCCACAAACAAGCAUGGUCAAGAUGAAACUUCCUGCGUAGUUAUUGUUGAAGGACAGACAAGCACUGAGGAACAAACCAAAAUCGCUGAAAGAAUAUUAUAUUCCGGUGAUAGGAAAUAUAUAGAAAAUCCGAUAAAACCAGCGCCGAUUCCAGUUACUAUUAAGAAGCAAGUAACGCAACCUAAUCCGAUUCAACCACGAUCCGCAAAUGCAAGCACGAACAGCCUUGCCCACUCUUCAUCUACACUGAGUGUGGGAGAUGGAGAUAAAAGAUCGCCAAGGAAAUAUGGAAGACUCGACUCAACAGGAAGCCCCAACCGAUCCAGAAGUGCUACCAAGGAACUUGCUCUUCCCCCCGAUUCCACAAUGGGCCCUCCAGAAUUCUCGAAGGGACUAAAAGAUAUGACAAUAAAUGACGGUGACAGUCUAACUCUCACAGCUCACGUACAAGGAGACCCUGAACCCCAAGUAGUUUGGACCAAAGACGGUAAACCUUUAACAUCUUCAGAAGUUAUUGAUCUCAAAUACAAAAAUGGAAUUGCCAAGCUGCAUAUAAACGAAGUAUACCCAGAAGAUGAAGGAUCAUAUGUCUGCAAGGCCACAAACUCGAUGGGAACAGCUGAAACCACUUGCAAGCUUAGUAUUAAAAUUUUGGCCAACCAAACAAAUGGUAAGAAAAAAACUGAAGACAAACCACCGACGAUAGUAAGCCAUUUGGAGUCUGCAUUUGUGAAAGAUGCAGAGCCAGUCACAAUUUCUUGCCGCAUAAUCGGAGCUGACAAAUUUGAUGUAAUUUGGUUACACAACAACAAAGAAAUUAAGCCAAGCAAAGACUUCCAAUAUGUAAACGAGGCUAAUAUUUACAAACUGAUCAUUGCCGAGAUCUAUCCCGAAGACUCAGGAGUAUACACCUGUGAAGCAUUCAACGACGCUGGAGAAAGUUUCAGCAGUUGCACAUUAAAUGUCGUUGUUCCCGGCGACCAGCCAAAGAGUCCAGUGUUCAAAACAUUCCCGAUUUCCGCCACGGUAUCAGAAAACGAAGUAGCCACAUUCGUUGCUGAGACCGAAGACGAACCCUUACAAAUUAGUUGGCUGAAGGACGGCAAACAAAUAAAAGAAAGUAGUGCCAAAUUCAAAUUUACUGCAGACGGAAAACGAUACACUUUACAAAUUGUUUCAUGCGACUCGAAUGACAUCGGCCAAUACCAAGCAAAAGCUAUUGGCAAGAAAGGAGAAACCUUUGCGGCAUUCUCCCUCAACGUUGUUCCACCUGGUCAGCUCUGAGCGCUGACUACCUAAUUUAACGCUAGCAAAUUAACGAACGACUCGCUCCAUUACUUAUUAAUAUUAUUUAUGGGAAUAAAUAAUAUUUAUUUGUAAAAAUUUUGUAUUAACAGGUGCCCAGCAAAAAGCAGUGUGUGCUGGAUCAAUUUUUGUUACAUCCUUAGCAUCCUCAAAACUUACCAUCAAUUCGUAAGGACGUUACAAAAAUGAUUUAACGCAAUUUUUUUUUGUUAACUCGAGCCCUAAACGCAUAUUUCGUCCGAACAAGGAGCAAAAUAAUCGACAUAAUUUUUUUUGUUUAAAAUGGAUGAGAAGAGAUUAUUUAUUUCAGUGUGAAAGUGCUUGCGCCAUCUUUUCAUUAAGCCAUCAUUGUUCAGUAUUUAAGUUUCAUACAAUAAAAUGCAUUAUUGCUUAUGCAAAGCCAUACCAAAAAUUGUAUCAUACUAUGUAAAGAAUAAAUCUAUCAUUUUUAA